CCAAAAUAGUUCUGGGCUGUUUUAAAUUAAAUCACUUAAAGUAUCAUGUUUUAUCAUUUAUUUCUUCUGAAAAGUAGAGUGAAAUUAAGAAAGAAAAAAACUGUAUUAUAAUAGUACUACUCUCCACUUAUCUAGCUUCAUAUACUGUUUGAUCCGACACCUCAGUUGGUGCCUAAACCCGUUCUUUAGAUCAUGGAAGGUAUGUGCAGUCCGAUAUGAUUUUAUGUCUCUUUUUCAAAUUUUCUUGAUUUAGUUCUUUUUUUAGCUGUCAUUAAUUUUGCCAUUUGGAUCGUCCUCUUCACUCAACCAUGUGGCGACAAGUCCGAAAUUCUCAGAGGAUAUGUAGAACAUUUCUAAACUUAGAGAAACGACAAUACUCCGGGAAAGGGGCGGGAGGUGAUUCAUUCCAUGAUCUCUUUCUAACUAAAAGUCUCGCAAGUAAUAAUAAACUGACUGAUAGUUACCCAAUUCGUUGCACAAUUUUCGAUGGGACUGGGAAAAUGAUAGCGCAUGGGAAAGAUUUUACAAGACUGGAGUUCAUCAAAGCACAUGACUUAAUCCCUAGAGAUUUCCGGAAACUUAAUCGGUAUCAUCAUGGAGUGGCUGCUGGUACAGGCACUUCUGUGGAUAUGGUACCCUCGAUUCUCACCCGUGCGAAUUCAGUACUACUUAAUAUAUCAAACGUUCGUAGUUUGAUUAAAUCAGAUACAGUUGUGAUAUUCGAUGAGGGAAGCUCAGGUAUCAAUGAAUCGCAUUCACAUGGAACUUUCCUAAAAGAUAUGCAAAAAAGAUUACAAGAAGAACAUUCAGAACAUGAAAUGUUACCAUAUGAAUUCCGGGCAUUAGAAUGUAUUCUCGUGCACGUGACCUCCAACUUGACUACUGAGAUGAAAGUACAUCAAACUGUACUUCAAAAUAUAUUAUUGGGGUUAGAAAGUUCAAUUGAAAGAGUAAAACUUCGAUAUUUAUUGAUUCAAUCUAAAAAGAUCACUCAAUUCCAUCAAAAGGCAAAACUUAUUAGAGAUUUAUUGGACGAUUUACUUGAACAAGAUGACGAAUUGAAUGAACUUUAUCUCACGGCAAAAGCUCAGGGUAAUCCAAGAUUUGGUACAAAUCAUGCUGAAGUUGAAAUGUUGAUUGAAUCUUAUUAUAAAACUGCAGAUGAAAUAGUUCAAACUGUAGAAAACUUACUUUCACAAAUUAAAACUACCGAAGAAAUUAUUAAUAUUGUGUUAGAUUCAAAUAGAAAUGAACUCAUGUUGUUAGGACUAAAAUUUUCAGUGGGUCUCUUGUCCAUGGGGACCAUUCUUUGGGUUGCAGCUCUUUACGGUAUGAAUUUAGAAAAUUUCAUUGAGGAAAAAGAUGGAGGCUUUGAAGUUGUUGUGACUGCUGGUUGUAUCAUGUUUGGAUUUCUUUUACUAUACAGCGUCAAAAGACUAGCCAGAUUACAAAGGAUCACCAUGACUGGCGUGGUGAAGCAUGACCGUAGAUGAUGGUCUAUAACAUAAUUAUUUAUUUUCUAAUACUAUAAAUAGUAAUAUUUCUAUUAUUAUAUCUGAUU